CCAGGAAGUUGUUUUCAACUGGUCCUUGUUUAGGGAAAUGAAUCUGUAUUCGAACGGACCCGUUGUUCAUGCGGUUAUGUGAGAGUUGUUAUCGAGUUAACGGACGUUUUAAAUGUGAAAGUAGUUGUGGCUUUAGUUGGCUUUUAAGCCAGCUAGUUAGCUACCAACAUAAAUCAAUUCCCGAGUGUGUUUUAGCAAAUCGCAAAGGCAGAAAAGGUUUCAACAACCAAAGCUACAUUCUAGGACCCUACAUCAUGUCAGAAUGGUUAAUGUUGUGUUUGAUUUUCGUCUUGUUGAGUCUUGUGACAAUAGUAGGGUACGUUCUGUACUCGGGGCUGUUGUCAGAAAUACACAUCCGGACUGGUUCUCCUCCAAUCAAGAACAUCACAAUCGCCUACAAGUUCAAACAGGGACCAUAUAAAGAGUGUGGACAACUUUUUACUGAGAGUUGCAGCAUUGGACGCAAUCUGUCUAGUAUUGGAGUGUUCUACGAUGAUCCUAAAAAGGUGAUAGGAGAGAAGUGUCGCUGUGCUGUGGGUAGUGUCCUGAGUGAGGGCGAUACUAGGCCCAGUGAGGAGCUCCAACAGAUCUAUGAGAAGUUUGGUUUCCGGGUCUUCAGCUUCCCAGAGGUCACUCACGUGGUCAGCGCCUCCUUUCCCCACAGGACGCCCCUGUCAAUCUUCUUUGGGGUGCAGAGAGUCUACCCCCAGCUGGAGAGCUACAUCAAGGAGAGGAAGUUGUGUGCACACCCAUGCCUGGAGAUCUACAGAGAUGACUUGAUCCACUACAUGAGUCCUCUGGCUCGCCAGGGAGAUUUCUAUGUACCAGAGGUCCGUCAGGACCCGGACAGGAGGCUGCUGGGAGACAAUGACUCUGAGGAGGACAGAGGGACCGACAUCACAGGUGCGGACUCCAAUAGUGAGUGCAGUUCAGGGAGUGGUGUUUUCCUGUCAGACAGCAGAGAGACCUCCCUAGCCCCAUCCAGCGUCCCCUCCCUGAUCCGACACUACAGAGGAGGAGGAGGUGAAGACCGCAGUAACAGGAGCUCCAGCUCCUCCUCCUUUGAGGAGUUGGACAUGGAACUCCCAGACGGACAGGAGGAGGAAGCAGGGACAGAGCAAGUUAGCGACGCCCCCUGCAACAAGCACCUAGAGACGACCACAGAGGAGAGAGGGGUUGUAGCCGGGGGGGAGGAGUGAGGGAGAAUGGAGGGGGGAGAAGAAGAAGUGGAGGUUGGGGGAGGAGGAGAGAAUUCUAAUGUGCAGUUUUCUAUGGCUCUUUUUCAAUUAGUCUUUCCUUGAAUCCUCCCAUUUUGCACUUUCUCCUCCAAUAUGGUUGAGGUGAGGAAAUAGGAUGCAGGGAAUCACAGAAAGACUUAUUGAGAGAGCCAUUGUGUCUUCCUACAAGUAGAGUUUUUUUACAUUCCCAAACCUAUUUUAAGGUGAUGAGUUAGUCUGAUGAGUGUGUUGUGUUGAGCUGUUGGUCAGGCAGAGUUCCAAAGGGAAAAUGAUUUCCUUCUUUCGGUUGGCUGACAGAAAAUAGCCUACUUGAAGAAGAAAAAACUAACAGAAAUACGUCAGGUAACCUGAGUUUCUUGAAAUCCAUGUUUGUUUUGAAGUACUUAAUUGAUAUGAUAAGCAAAGUGGUGCAUGGUGAACAAGUGUGUUUGGAUGCAUUUUAGAUUUGUUUUACUUGAUUGUUAUGUUUUUACUAUUAAAAUGAUGAUUAUCAUCCCUUGUGACUGAUGUUUUGACCUUUAUCCUAUAAUUGCAGUAAAACUGUAGUGUAUCUAUAUUUGAGAUGAUCUUACUUUUGAUUAUUAUAGUGUUUUUCUUUUGAGUAAGAAAAUAACUAUUUAGAAUAUGUUUGUUUGGGUAUGUAAAAGUGCUCAAUGUUUUUCCCAUACUGUUUAUUUUUCCCAUCCUUUCAAUCUGACCAAACAAAUUAAUUACUUAAAAUGAAUUACUUAAAAAUCAUACAAAUGUGAUUUUCUGGAUUUGUUUUAGAUUCCGUCUCUCACAGUUGAAGUGUACCUAUGAUAAAAAUUACAGACCUCUACAUGCUUUGUAAGUAGGAAAACCUGCAAAAAUCGGCAGUGUAUCAAAUACUUGUUCUCCCUACUGUGUGUGUAUAUAUAUGUUAUUUAAAAAAAAUCUUAUACAUGAAUUCUAUGAACAGUUUUACUAUGGAUUCUAGAUGGAGUAUUUAGAAGCAUACAACCAUACACCUCACUCAAUACCCUUUACUCUGACAGGCCUUUCGGUGUUGAUAUCUUGUUUUAUCUAAUGAAUGUCCCUGUUUAUUAUUGGUUGAAUAAAAUCAAUUUUUUUGA